UACCGGCGGUGACAGGCUCCGAGCGCUGCGGAUGACGAGGCACCUCGGGUGACCCCGGAGAAUGGCGACCGCUUUACAUCCGGCCUCGCUACGCCGACGCACGACUCGCCCUCGCCAUCGACAUCACUCUACUCUCUCUCUCUCUCUCUGACUCUCAAAGGGCGAGAUGGCGGAAUCAGAGGGCGUAGAUCAGAGGUCCAACGGCGCUCCCGGCGACGGAGGGGGCGGCGUCGCGCGUCCGAUCAAGAUCGAGUUCGAUCCCGUCACUCCUGGCGGCGGCGAGACGCUCUACUCCGUCAUCUGCGACUUUGUCGCCGGCGUCGCCUCGCCCCCGCCUCCCUCCCUCCUUCAGCGGCUCAGAUCCUCCGCCGCUAAGGCCGCUCCCCGCCUUCGGGAAGCUUCCAGAAUCUCCGUCCGCGACCUCCUCCUCUGGACCCGCCGCGGCGGCCCCCUCCGCGCCCUGUUUGUCAUCUCGGUUGGAACAAUCAGUCUUCUGGCAUUGACAGGGUUGCUAAGUUUUAUAAUUUUCUUGUUCGUGGCAACACUGAAUGCUGUCGUUGUCUCGUUACUGAUGUCGUUGGCAGCUGCUGGAGGAUUUUUAGCAGUUUUCUUUGCCUGCUUAACUGCAAUAUAUAUUGGAGCAGUAUCGUUUGCGAUUUUCAUAAUCUCCACUGCAACCAUCUCAGCAAUAAUUGCUAUCAUAAUAGCUACUGGAUGGAUUGGGUUCUUCUGGAUUAUUUGGCUUGCUGUUAAGAAAAGUCUGGUCCUCACCAAGCGAUCAGUGAGAAUGACGAGCUCUGCAAUAUCGGCAUAUUCGGUUGCUCGGCAAACAAAUCAAAACCCACGGGUUGAAUCCAAAGAAUGACUGUGGUCACACGUAAUCUCCGACUUAUUUCUCCUCGGGAGAUCGAUCUCUUGUGGAGUUUGAACAUGUAGCUGUAUGCAAAGUGUGAAGUACCAAUAAAGACCCUGGUUAAGUUCAUCUGCAACAUCUCCAGUUAAAAGUGUUGCAGUUACUUGAAGCCUAUGUGCAUAGUUGCUCUAAAACCAGAUCUUUUUCUUGAAAAGAAAUGCUUGAUCGAGUCUCAGUGACUCAGUUUAGCUAGUGAUAUUGUCAUCAACCAGACACAGACCUCACGGCUUCUUUCAUGUUGUAUGCUUCAGCUUAUCCGAAACUCGUUUCGGAACAUCUAUCAAGAGCUUUCAUCUUUUGUAAAAUUUAUACUACCAACUUAUAUAUGUUUGUUUCUAU